UAUGGACAAAACAUGCAGUUUCUUUUUCAAAAACUCGUUUUGUGUAUUUCUUGUCUAUGUUUUGUGUGUGCUACACAGCAAACUAAGUACAACGACGCAAUUCGAAUAGUCAUUCUAUCUGAUGGAAAAUAUUUGGAAGAAAUAAAGCAAUCACUGAAGAAAUUGGACUUCAUUUUUCAUAGCAACAUUAAUGACCACCUCUUCAUAUUUGAAAAGGAAACAAACGCGUUAGGAAGUUACCAACUAAGUUCAAAGGAGCUGACAGAUCUUCGACAGUCAAAUAUACACAUUGAAAAACUCGCACAGAGCUACCUUUUGUACCCCGAAUCACCAAAUGUAGCAGACGAGGGAACACAUAGUAGGGAACAACGAAGUCUAAAAGAAGAUCAAUUUCAUAUUCAUCAGAACUUCAUGAACAUUUGUCGACCAUAUUUCGACCAAAGCUUGGCAAUUGACCUCAGCUGGAAGGAACAUAAUGUCAGCGGGCGUGAUAUUGUUGUCGGGGUAACAGACGUUGGAAUAAAUACAGACAAUGUGUACCUACAUGAAAAUAUACAGUUGGAUUUAUCAUACAAUUUUGUUGACAACAAUUCAAAUACGAUUCCUACGAUUCUGCCGGGGAUAAUUGAAUCUUUGCAUGUGACAAACCAUGGCAACGCAUGUGCAGGACUUAUCGCACGCCCAAAAACAAACGCUUUAUGUAAUCCAUGUGGAUUAGGCGUGGCGUAUAAGGCAAAGGUGGCAGAUUUGCAAAUAGCGAAGGUUCGAAAAACACAUUGGAUGUUACCCCAUAUUGACUCUGCAAAUUAUGCAAAAGCUCUUGCUUACAGACGUGACGCUAUUCACAUAUAUUUCAACAGCUGGGGUUCAAAUCAACCAUUUACUGAAUUGGAAUUUUAUGAAGUUGAUGUUUUGAAAGAAGGUAUUAAACACGGUCGAAACGGACUGGGGUCAGUGUACGUCUUUCCUGCUGGCCACCCUGGUUCUGGAUUGGUCAAUUACGUUGGAAGUAUCCCAGUGGCAUGCAUGGAUGUAAAUGGUUCUGUGGCUGACGUCAGCCAGGUUAAUGCAGCAACAAUUGUGUCUGUGUUUUGUAAUGGCAGGAGAAGAAUUGAUGAUAGAAUGAUUACAGUUGGACAUGAUGACAGAAGAUGUUUUACGGAAUUCGGAGGUGAAUCUGCGGGAACCGCCAUUGUUUCUGGAAUGAUCGCCCUACUGUUAGAAGCAAACCCGGCUCUAUCCAUCAGAGACAUUACACAUAUUUUGGUCGAGUUUAGUAGUCAUAUUGGGAUAGAGGCUUCGUCGGAGUUCCUACGCAAUGGCCCUGGAAAGCACUAUCAUCCCAGGUUGGGUUUUGGAUAUCCAAGCAGCUCUAAAAUGAUCCAGGCUGGGAAGCAGUGGAAUCGGUUACCCCCUCUAUGUUCAAAAACCCUUGAAUUUUCAAAACCAUCCGUAUUUCUGCGACACAUCACCAUGCAUAGAGAAGAUGGAAGAAGUUCUGUUUCAAAUGAAGUUCGUGUAUUCAGAGCUGCAUCAUAUGAGACUGUGGGCUAAAUCUCCUAGUGGUACUGUAUCAGAGUUAGCCAGUAUCGAACCAAGAUUGAAAGGGAACAAGGUAAAGAAACUUAUGGCAACAUUUCGGUCCAACCACU